UUCCAGUUACUAUGGCAAUGACAGCAGGGGCAGCAACCACCUUUCCUAUGAGCAACCAUACCCGGGAAAGAGUGACUGUGGCCAAGCUCACACUGGAGAAUUUUUACAGCAACCUAAUUUUGCAGCAUGAAGAGAGAGAAACCAGGCAGAAGAAAUUAGAAGUGGCCAUGGAAGAAGAAGGAUUGGCAGAUGAGGAGAAAAAGUUACGCCGAUCACAACAUGCUCGUAAAGAAACAGAGUUCUUACGGCUCAAGAGGACCAGACUUGGCCUGGAUGACUUUGAGUCUCUGAAGGUUAUAGGGAGAGGAGCUUUUGGAGAGGUGCGGCUGGUCCAGAAGAAGGACACGGGGCACAUCUAUGCCAUGAAGAUCCUGAGGAAAGCUGACAUGCUUGAAAAGGAGCAGGUGGCUCAUAUUCGAGCUGAAAGAGACAUUUUGGUGGAAGCAGACGGUGCCUGGGUGGUGAAGAUGUUCUACAGUUUUCAGGACAAGCGGAAUCUCUACCUGAUCAUGGAGUUUCUUCCUGGAGGUGACAUGAUGACGCUGCUGAUGAAGAAGGACACCUUGACGGAAGAGGAGACACAGUUCUACAUCUCAGAGACAGUCUUGGCGAUCGACGCAAUCCACCAGCUGGGCUUCAUCCACCGGGACAUCAAGCCAGACAACCUUUUACUGGAUGCCAAGGGGCAUGUGAAACUGUCUGAUUUCGGUCUGUGCACGGGAUUAAAGAAAGCGCACAGGACUGAAUUCUACAGAAACCUCUCGCACAACCCACCAAGGGACUUCUCGUUUCAGAACAUGAACUCGAAGCGGAAAGCGGAGACCUGGAAGAAGAACAGGAGACAGCUGGCAUAUUCCACAGUCGGAACACCAGACUACAUUGCUCCAGAGGUCUUCAUGCAGACUGGCUACAGCACACUGUGUGACUGGUGGUCCUUGGGAGUGAUCAUGUAUGAAAUGCUAAUAGGCUUCCCACCUUUCUGCUCUGAAACCCCUCAGGAGACAUACAGAAAAGUUAUGAGCUGGAAGGAGACACUGGCAUUUCCUCCAGAAGUGCCUGUCUCUGAGAAAGCCAAGGACUUGAUUCUCAGAUUUUGUACUGAUUCUGAGAACAGAAUUGGGAAUGGUGGUGUAGAAGAGAUCAAAGGUCACCCCUUCUUUGAGGGUGUAGACUGGGGGCAUAUCAGGGAAAGGCCAGCAGCCAUCCCUAUAGAAAUCAAGAGCAUUGACGACACCUCAAACUUUGAUGACUUCCCCGAGUCUGAUAUCUUACAGCCAGUGCCGAAUACCACAGAGCCCGACUACAAAUCCAAAGACUGGGUUUUCCUCAAUUACACCUACAAAAGGUUCGAAGGGCUGACCCAGCGCGGCUCCAUCCCCACGUACGUGAAAGCCGGGAAAUCAUGAGUGACAGUCACAGUCACCCACAGCCAAGAACUCAGGUAGCUGCAUCUCCAGGCUGGCUUGGCAACAACACCAGACACUCCCAGGAUGCUGGUGCUCACCAGCCCGAGGAACUUCAACAGGCUUGGAUUCUGAGACAACUGCAGGAAUCGCUCGGCUUUUUUUUUUUUUUUUUUAAUAUUAUUUGUAUUAACUUUAUUAUACAAAGGUACUGGAACAAAAGGAACGGACAUUCCUUCCUAACUGCACUGCCUAUGUGCUUGUUGAGGUCCAUUCUGCCUGUGUUCUGCGCUUCCAACUGCAACACUAAUCCAGCCAGAACUGCGUAGCACUGACGGCGCCGUGGCAGCCUGCGGUCGGUCACUCUUGGUGUCCCUGCUUCACUGCAAAGCUCGUGGGUCUUGAAUCAGUAAAAGCCAUCUGUAGCUGCUGGAGAACAUUCGCCGUGUUGGUUUGGAUGCUGUGGGCUCUGCGUGAAGACAGCUUCUGUAACGGUCCUAAGGAGAAGGACUCUGACGUCAGCAUGAGAAUUUCCUGUCAGGCUCUCACAGUCCCUGGGGUAGGGAAGGUGACCUUCUGUCAGGGUGAGGACAUGUCUCACCUUCACUCCAGCAUCCUCCCAGGCUGACUGCUCUGAGUAGUGACCACUGUUUGCACACGUAGGGAGAUGUACUACUGUACUCAGCAAAUGUCAGUUACUUUUCUUGUGAUACAAGGACUUCUUUUUUAACAAGAGGACAGGCGUUAUUUUAACUGGGUGAUGGUGAGUUGAGUUUCAUAAAUGACCAUGAAAGCUGCUUGUAGAACCUAGUGUAUUUUUAUUAAACUAUUUUUUUAAAUGUCAAACUUCUGAUCAUGUCAAUGGACACGUGGAGAACAAGAGUGAGACUCACUUGGGCUUUCUGCAAAGUCAGUGUGUGUCAUUGCUGGUACCCUUUGUUUCCUUUGGUAGCUUUAGUGCCAUUGUUUUCCAAUGAACCAAAGAUCCUGAACAGUGGCAGUCAGUGGUGAGUGGAACUCCACUUUCCAGGGGGUGCUACACUCCACGUGACAGACUUUCAACAGGCCAGCCCUGUUCAUGGUUAGUUCAUCACUGUGGUUGAAGUCCACAAUGGAGUAAAGGAAGCGGGUACAGGCCGGAGAGGGGCGGGAGUGACUGAAGACUGGGCAGAAAACGUCAGCAUCAGAUUCCUCAGGUAUUUGCCCGAUGAUUGCAUCAUCUUUUCUUGCUCAGCAUUUUGACUCUAAAACAACGUUCUAAGUUGUAGUUGAGAAAUAACUUCUCAGCAAAUGGUUAAUGUUUAUCAUCUGUGAUGGAGAUGGAAUGAGGAUUUAUUAGGAGGAAUGUCUCAUGGGGGGACUGAGCAAUGCCUUGUACAAAUUUCCAAAAGCUUUUAAAACACUGCUGCUGGAUGACCCCUUUUCCAUCAAGGCUAUCAGCUCUUGAAGUAUUUUGGUGAAUUGCUGGGUCUGGUGAGUACUCUCCACCUGUUAGUCUACUGGCUUAACUGUAGCCUGAUCCUGUGACUGAGUGUUUGGAGAAAGCAGACUGGACACAGUGGAUAUCUCAUCUCACUGAUGACUCUAAUUAACUGCCUUAACUUAUAUGGGGUGUGUGGGCUCCUCCAGCUCAUCUGUUUCGGAGGUGCAGCAGCAGAGACUCCAGCAAUAGAAUGGGACUUUACUAGUGUGGGGUGACGAGGUUGGACACAGAGCACUGUGUUCCCUAGCUCAGGUGUGAUUAACUACCUGGCUUCCACAGGGUGACAGUGUUGUCAAGUCCAGGUAACGGGUAGGUUGAGACUAGUGUAAGGAAGAACUACCCAGCUUACGUUUCUGUGAUGUAGGGACAGCACUUUGAUCUCCCUGUUGUGACCAGGAAGAACAGUUUUCCUGGUGGUGGAGGGCUUUUGAGAAGUUUGCUUUGCUAGAGUUAACAGGAGUCAGUCUUCAGGGAUUGCUCAUGAAAGCCUUUCUUAAGCUACUAUCUAAAGGCAAUGAAAGACUGUGCCUGCCCCUUGGAAGCUAAAAAUAUGAAUCAGGGUACAGAUGAAGCAAAUAACUGACUUUCCAUUGUAUAUCCCCCAUAUCUCAGGUGAAUCAUGUAAUUUAAGUGACAAAAGUCUGUCUAAUCACUGGGCAUAGUGAUAUUUUCUCUAGUCUCUGUUUUGAAUCAAAGAAGUUUUACUAUGUGGUUUGGGCUUUUCUAAGGAUAUAGAAAGUGUGUCUGAUCCAGAUCUAUUGGUUUCCUGUUUUAAUACAGACAUUCACUUUCCAUUAAAGCCUUCGUGUUAAGGCAGUUGUUAACAGCCAAGUCUGCAGGUGUGUGAAGCCCUCAGCUGUCCAGAAGCAGCAGUGACCGCUCAGCCAUAGGUGACAGUUAGUCUAGUGAAAAUGCCAGCUGUGGGCUAUUAAAAAGGAUUCUUCAUUGCUGAGGCUUAGAUGGGGCUCACUUAUUCCCAUAACAGCAUAGCUUUCUAACACAUGCAUAGCUUUGCACAAGGUAUACAUCUUUAAGUAUUUUGAAGCAUAUUUAUAUUUGAUGUUUUGCUGUAGAACACCUUUAGACAGUCUGUGCUGUCAAGAGUAAUGGCUACCUGUCUUUUGGCGGUCUACAAGUAAGUUACUUGACGAUCAGAAGAGUCCCUGGCUACCUGACACACUCUUUGAGUUGUUAAAAUUCAGAAAAUUCAAAAGCAACUGUUUUGCUGUGAUCACAAUUAUUUCUCAUUUUAUUUCAAAUUAAUUUUCUCUGUAGAAGUGCACUUAUUUCUGAAAAUCUUAUGAAGCCAACACUUAAUAAAUAUAAGACAAUUGGGACUACUAGAAAUAUUUUAGAUUUUUAUUACAAAAUGUGAGCAAAUAAUGCUGCUUUUAAAGGAAUAAAGAAAUAAAAGUGUAUUGUAGUUAUUUUUUUAAAAACAAUAUAAUUCAGCAGUUGUCCAGAACCAUCGAGCUUCAGAGUCCAGCGUUUCGAAGACUGUUGGGCAGCAAGAAAGCACAGCGAGAAUAAAAACCGUGUUUCUGAAA